CGUGUAAAACGUGUGAAGCGUGUAAAACGUGUGAAGCGUGUGAAGCGUGUGAAGCGUGUGAAGCGUGUGAAGCGUGUGAAGCAGGUAAAGCAUGUACAACGUGGUUGGGCGGCGCGAGUGGAGCGACCAGCUCGAGUGACCCCCUGAACUGAGCCAGUGAUCGUAGCAGAGCAGCCGCUUAAGGGCGAACCGCUUCUUUUUGUUCCCCUCCCCCGCGUGAACUGGCCCCCACAGUGGGCCCCCAAAAUGAAGGACUACCUAGAGGGGCACAACAAAUACCUGAAAUACGACAACUGCAUCCUCGUGGAGCACGAGGAGGAAGAAAGCAAAAUCGCGAAAGAAGAAAACUGCGUGAAGGACAAAAACAUAGUCCGCGUCAUACAAGAAAUAAGAAAAAAUAUACGCUCAAAUGUCUUGUAUAAAAAUGAUGGGAAAAAUGCCCUCUUCAAUGAGCCCCUUUAUAACAUGUUCCCACUCAAAUGUGUCAGGGAUAAAAAAGUGGACCAAAUUUCCUACGUGUGCAGAGUGACAUCCGAGGAGGACGCCACUGCUUGUCUUAAGAAAAUACAAGACAUUGUAUCGAAGAUGUAUGCGCAGAAUAUGCUCAUCGAGAAGGACUUCCUGGAGGACCUGCUGUCCGUUUUUAUGGAGCUGUGCAGGCAGGUCUCCGUCACGUGCUUCCAGCGGGGGUCCCUCCUCAGGCAGCUGUUCAACUACAACAGCAUGCUCCUCUUCCACUACCACAAACUGGUCAGGUCCUCCCUGACCUUCAACUUGAAGAAGGAAAUAAAACGGAGCCACACGAUGAGCGAGCUGCGCCAAGAAAUGGAGCGCAAAAAGGAGGCCAUCAAUUCUCUGCGGAGCGAAAUUCUGGACACGGACCGGCUCAUCGAGGAGGAGAGGGCAAACGCGGAGCGGGAGAUGUCCGAGGUGAACAUAAUUUACCAGAACAAAAUAGACAAGCUGAAGAAGAACAACCAGAGGAAGCGCGACGAGUUCACGCGGCUGCUGCAGCUCUGA